UCUCCUGCCUCCGUCCGCCGCUGGUCCAACGAUCGAUCGAGCACAAGCUAGCUAGCUAAUCGAUCGAGGUGAGCAGCAGCAAUGGCUGGCGGCCGCCGUCGUCUCCGGUGCCUCUCCCCUGCGUGCCUCUUUCUCGCCGCCGCCGUGGCCCUCCUCGCCAUGCCGGGCCUCGCCGCCGCCCGCACCCGCCGCUACACUUUCAAUGUGACGAUGGCGACGGUGACGCGGCUGUGCGUGACGAAGAGCAUCCCCACGGUGAACGGGCUGUUCCCGGGGCCGAAGGUCGUCGUGCGCGAGGGCGACCGCCUCGUCGUCCAGGUCCACAACAACAUCAACAGCAACGUCACCUUCCACUGGCACGGCAUCCGGCAGCUGCGCAGCGGGUGGGCGGACGGGCCGUCGUACAUCACGCAGUGCCCGAUCCGACCGGGGCAGAGCUACGCCUACGACUUCCGCGUCGUGGGGCAGCGCGGCACGCUGUGGUGGCACGCCCACUUCUCCUGGCUCCGCGCCACGCUCUACGGCCCGCUCGUCAUCCUCCCGCCGCGCGGCGUCCCCUACCCGUUCCCCAAGCCCGACAGGGAGGUCCCCCUCAUGCUCGGCGAGUGGUUCAACGCCGACCCGGAGGCGGUGAUCAAGCAGGCGCUGCGGACCGGCGGGGGCCCCAACGUCUCCGACGCUUACACCUUCAACGGCCUGCCGGGCCCGACCUACAACUGCUCGGCGGCCGCCGGCGACACGUUCCGGCUGAGGGUGCGGCCGGGGCGGACGUACAUGCUGCGCCUCGUCAACGCGGCGCUCAACGACGAGCUCUUCUUCGCGGUGGCCAACCACACGCUCACGGUGGUGGGGGCGGACGCCAGCUACGUCAAGCCCUUCGCGGCCACCACGCUGGUCAUCUCCCCGGGGCAGACCAUGGACGUGCUCCUCGCCGCGGCCGCCGCCAGCCCGCCCGCGCCCGCCUACGCCAUCGCCGUCGCGCCCUACACCAACACCGUCGGCACGUUCGACAACACCACCGCCGUCGCCGCCCUCGAGUACGCGCCGUUGCAGGGCGCCGCCGCGCUCCUGGCCCUCCCCCCACCGGCGCUCCCGCUGUACAACGACACCAGCGCCGUGGCCAACUUCUCGGCCAAGUUCCGGAGCCUCGCGAGCGCGCGGUACCCGGCGCGGGUGCCGCGGUCGGUGGACCGCAAGUUCUUCUUCGCCGUGGGGCUGGGCGCGGACCCGUGCCGGAGCCGGGUGAACGGGACGUGCCAGGGCCCCAACGGCACCAGGUUCGCGGCGUCCAUGAACAACGUGUCCUUCACCAUGCCCAGGACCUCCCUCCUCCAGGCGCACUACCAGCGGCGGUACGGCGGCGUGCUGACGGCCAACUUCCCCGCGGCGCCGCCGGUGCCGUUCAACUACACCGGGGCGCCGCCCAACAACACGUUCGUGAUGCACGGCACUAGGGUGGUGCCGCUCCGCUUCAACACCAGCGUCGAGGUGGUGCUGCAGGACACCAGCAUCCUGGGCGCCGAGAGCCACCCCCUGCACCUCCACGGCUACGACUUCUUCGUCGUCGGCCAGGGGUUCGGGAACUACGACGCCGCCAACGACACCGCCAGGUACAACCUCGUCGACCCCGUGCAGCGGAACACCGUCAGCGUGCCCACCGCCGGCUGGGUCGCCAUCCGCUUCGUCGCUGACAACCCCGGUGUCUGGAUCAUGCAUUGCCACUUGGACGUCCACUUGAGCUGGGGCCUGGCCAUGGCGUGGCUCGUCAACGACGGGCCGCUGCCGAACCAGAAGCUACCGCCUCCGCCGUCCGAUAUCCCCAAGUGCUGAUGAUACGCUCUCUGCAACAUUGAUCUGCGGCGGUUUUGAUCAGUGCAAGUGUGCAACGCACGCACGCAUAUACGCAAAUUCGUUUUUGGCGGUCGAGGUCUCGACUCUCGAGGAGCAGACUCGCUCAAUCAAUUGGCCUGAUUUUGUUGCUGAUGCAGUGUCCUCGGAGACAAGCAAGACAGAUGUAAAAAGUCCAUUGGAUGGCGCUGUUGUGUGAUUCUUGUUGCUAUUCUUUUUUUUUAAGUUGCUUGUUGCUAUUCUUUGGUUCCACUUUUCGUUUUCGUUUUUCAUGCUGGGCAUUGUUGUUAGCGUGUACAGUGUAUCUAUGGUAUAAUGUGUCCAUCGGAGCAGCUAAAGAUUCUUUUUACCAUC